AUGGCCAAUGACAAUAGUCAUCCAUUCAAUAGUGAUGUCAUUGCUGAUACUACAUUAGUUCAAAUUCAAAAGCAAUUAUCAUUUGAACAACAACAACGAAAUAUUCAAAGACACCAUCGACAAAGAGACUUUGUUAAUCUCCUAUUUUUAAAUAAUCGAAAUAGUAAUUUUUCGAGUUCAAAUGAUUCAUCUCUUAGUAUAACAUCACAUUCGGUAACGGAUGAUGAUUUUAAUCGUCUUAAAUAUUUUUUACGUUCCAUAAUAUGGCCUAUCGAUCAUCAUAUACGUCGACAAUUAUGGAUAAAUAUCUUAACAUUAAACCGAAUUAGCUCAUCAAACCAAAAUCAUCAUGCAGCUUCAACAGGUCAAUCUCUUUUACAUCGUAUUCUUUUAACAUUUGCUUCACAUCAUCCAGACGUAACGUAUUGUCCAACAUUAGAACCAUUUUCAGCGUUACUUUUACAUUAUCAUAAUGAAUAUGAAGUUUUCUAUUUACUUAAUCGUUUAUUGAUCAAAAAUUGGUUCUGUGGUGAAACACAUUUACAAUGGGAAGCUUAUACUAAUGUUUUUAGAAAAUUACUAAAACACUACUAUAAAUCAUCAGCUGAUAUUAUUGAUUUACGUUACAAAAGUGCAAAAGUGUUUUAUCAAGAAUGGCUUUGGUGGAUAUUUCGUUAUUUACCUUUUUCUUAUCUCGUCAAAAUCAUGGAUUGUUUCCUUCUUGAAGGUCCAAAAGUUUUAUUUCGAAUUAGUUUGACACUUGUUUAUUUAUUUACAAAAGAAAUAAAACAUGAAUUCGAUGGAAAUAUUCAAAACAUCGCUGACUUUUGUCGACUAAUUCCAAUAUCGAUUGAUCGCCUUCUACAUAUUGCAUUUCAUAUUCGAAACUUGAAACGACGCACAAUUGAGCAAUUAAUAAAACAUGAAGAGAAAACUUUGUGUGAUACUCGUCACCAAUCACCAUCUGAUAAUAUCAAUCAAAAUAAUAAUAGUGGAAUUAUUCCUGAUCGACAACCAUCAUUAGCUACACCUCAUCAUCUUACACAAAUGCCACAAAAAUCAAUGCUCGAUCAUCAACAAGCGUUUCAUGAUUGA